UCCUGCCAUCUAUCUGCUGCUUGAUCCUUUUUUGUGGCCUCCGGUUUUUCUCCCUUGUUCUCAUCUCAGGAGGUGGGAGAAUGAAGACUCUUCUCGUUAUUUACUCUGUUAGGGUUGUUUGGUGUUAAUAAUAGCUACCAGAGCGAUCGCUUUGUGCCGGGCUCUGCACUAAGUAGCUGACACAUUCUCAUCCGUGCCUCACAUCAGCGUGAGUUAAGUACUGUUCUAAAACCCACUUCACACGCAGAGAUUUCAUGUUUCUGAAGGUCCGUCAGGGGGAGGCAGAAUGUAAUCCCAGGCCUCCCUCCCACGCUGCAGCUCCUGAAUAUCCCCGAGAUGAUGCACUCUCCGCUCAGUGCCCCACUGCCAUCAUCCUGGCUCAGGCCACCAUCUUCCGUCUGAGCGGCAGGUCUACCGGCCUCUGCUCUGCUGGCCACGCUGCAGCCAGUGAUCUUUUCCAAACAACACAUGGGGCUGCGCCAGUCCCUUGCUUCUGCCCACCUCCAGUUUCAUCUCUUGCCACAUCGCACGUCCGAAUAUUAUCUCCUCUCCUUUUACAUUGUGGAAUCCUCAGCGCCUGGCACAACACGUGGAAGGUGCCCGAGGGCUGAGGCUGCACGAGGCUCCACAACCACCUGUGGGCCAUGGGGAGCAGCGUCCGCACCCGCUGGUGGGCAGCAGGAGUCGGCCGCCACCUGGCCCUGUGCCCGCCUUGCCGCUCGCUGCACUCCUUUGUUUCCAGGAGGAAAGAAGACCAGCGGUAACACAGCCUUCCUCCCUGGGGUGUGGGUGUGUGUGACGGUCGAGGGCCGUCACCACGGGAUUCAAUCCCAGCUCUCUACCCCAGUCUUCCCGGGCUACUUUCCAGGACGGGGUGGGUCAUGCUCCCGCCGGCCGGGAGGGGUCGCCCUGGGGCCGGAGCGGAGACGCGGGCCUGCAGGGCCGCUCCCGCCCGCUUGCGCAGGCGCGGAGCGCUCUUCCGGCGCCGGCUCGCCUCCGCCCGGCUUCCCGGCGGGGAUGCUGCGGCCGUGCGGCGGGCUGAAGCAGCUCCUGUCGGGACGCGGGGCCGGAGCCUCUGCCCGGGCCUUAGGCGCUGAAAUGCCCAAGAAAGCUGGUGCGACGAACAAGGGUAAGAACCAGAGCAAGGAACCAGAGGGACCACUUCCUCCCUUGGGCCCCGUGGCCGUUGAUCCUAAGGGUUGUGUCACCAUAGCCGUCCGUGCCAAACCCGGGUCCAAACGAAACGCUGUAACAGACGUGACAGUGGAAGCUGUGAGCGUGGCCAUAGCAGCCGCCCCAUCGGAGGGAGAGGCUAAUGCCGAGCUCUGUCGGUACCUCUCCAAAGUCUUGGAGCUCAGGAAGAGUGACGUGGUUUUGGAUAAGAAAUUGAUGUAUGAAGGUAAAAACCCUGGAGAGUUGUAAACAUUUGUAGUACGGUGGAAUCUAGGAUACAGUUGCCGGUUAGACCAGAAAUCCAGAGAUGAGCGAGAGAACGCGAGAGAACGCGCUAGCUCGGCUGUCAGGAAAGCUGCAGCCCACCAGCGGCAGCACCGAGGACUCAGCUUUGAUGGCUGCAGCUGAGCCCUGCUCUCUCUAAUAGCACUAGAAUGCUCAGUGAGCCAUCCUCACACCAUUUUUUCCUUUUGGUCCAGGGUGGUAAAUCUCGUGAAAAAGUGGUGAAGCUAUUAGUGUCCACAACUGCAGAAGAGAUCUUGGAGAAAUUAAAGCAGCAAGUCGAAAAAAAAUAGAAGCAAGUUAUGAGAAGUACAUCCUUGAGAAGCUUUUUAAUUGCUAUUCAUGAAGAGGCUGUUAAAUAGGAAAAUGUAUUUCAGUGCACUGAAGAACAUGAAAAAAAAUUUAAGAACAGGACUCAAAAAAGAAGUAGGAAUUUUAAAAGUACUGUACGUUCAAUGUAGGUUCUGACAUCCAAACAGUUUGGAACACGUUAGUCCGAUUUCAUCGCAUUACAAAAUAACAGAGCUGGAAGAGAUUUUCCGGAUGACCUCAGUCAGCCCCUUUCAUCCUGUGAUGGGGCUUCUGCUAUCCAGAAGUUGAGAGACUUGUUCAGGAUCACACCAUGCCGGAUGGCAGCUAGAACCCAGGGCUCCUGGUUGGAUGCAGUUUAUCCUGAUUGUAAAUGAAGAUGUUUCCACAGCACUCUAGGGUUCUGAGGAUUGCCUUCUCUAGAGUUUACAAGUGACAGAAGAAAACCUGUCACACUGCUUUGUGGUCUUUAUAUUUUAAAAGGCUUAUCUACAAAAAUGCUUUUUGUGUCUUUUGAAAACUAUGGAGCAUUUUGUGAAAAAGUAAAUAAGAGUAAUCGGGACUUGUAAUUUACUGUUAAUUAUUUUGGGGAAGUCACUGAAUUUUUGUCUUCGUUGGAUGGUGCAGUCUUCAAAUCUGGUAGUUCCUAUGAAUCUCCAAAGAUCCUUAAAAGAAGAGGGCCUGGAAGCUACUUUCAGUAUUUGUAAAAGCCUAUCAGAAAUCAUAUCUACAUUAAAGCUUCAAAAGCUAAUAAUAAAUACCUUAUUUUUAAAUAUCCAAUGCAAGUUAUAGUGAUUUGGUCAGGUAAAUAAGUUCAUUACCUUUGCUGAUCAGAAUCAAAGCAGUUGUGUGCUUUUGUCUAAGUACCUGAGAAAAUAUAUUGGUAGACAAAACGUUUAAAACUACAAAAUCCCCAAGAAGGACCAAUAAUAAAAAUUAUUGAUGAUGAAA